UGCUAAAAUUACACAGCAAGAGCCUUUUCAGGUCAGAGAGACAAAGAAUGAAUUUUCCCGUAAUAUUCACCCUUUCGAUUUGCUUUUUUGCAGUAGCCAACUGCAAAUUGGAUAAAAAGGAUUUUGGAGCACAUCUGCUUGAAGUAGUUGAUGUUACUCAUGACAAGUGCCAAAGAAUUACUGGGGCCAGUCAAGCUCUUAUUGAUGAAAUGAAAAAAGGAAGUUUUCCUGAAGAUAUAGCUAUGAAGAGGUACACUUACUGUCUCUGGAUGUUGAUUAUGAAAUUGCGUGAAGAUCUAGUCCUGGAUUCGAGAAAACUGUGGUAUUACGUACCUGAUAUGCACAAGGAAGAUGCAGUCGUUUACAUGAAAUGUAACGAAGAAGCAAGAAAAUUACCUGGUGACGAUCUGGUCUCAAAAAUUUGGAAUAUGCAAAAAUGUAUCCAGAAAAAUAUUGAUGACAAACACUACAUCUAUUUCUGAAGCGAUCCAAGGAGUAUAUAUGAUGGAUACGUAGUUGAUUUUGUUCAUAUAUUAUGUUCAAUAUAAAAUAAAUAAUAAAACAUUACAGAAA